AUGGAUAGUCCGGUUGUCCGCAGCUGGAUGAACAACCAUGUCAUAUUGAAUCGGGCCAGUGUUGGGACUUUGUGUAUAACCCCGAGGGAAUUUCUAUCCCGCACAGACGUCGUGCUGAACGGCGAAAUAUUGGCACCGAUCAUCAAGUACCAUGGUCUUCGGCCAUCCAUACAUGCCAUCCGUUCCGAAGUUGCCCACUUUUUCCAUGUUGGACGACCCCUCGGCAAGCAGCCUGUGAAGCGCUUGGGUCCUACGUCGUUUGAUCUCAAUCUUUUCGAGAAGCGCCAAAAGGGGGCAUUACCCCCGGGAGCGAACGGAUCAAAGUCCUUUGACGACUCGUCGGACGAUGAGGGCAGCGAGGGUGCUGAGAGUGAGUCGCUCUUCACAGAGGCCAGAUCUUCCGAUGACGACGACUUGCUCCAAGAGCUUUCGAAACAGCAGGAGAUUCUGGAGGAGCUGCAGCUUCUGCUACGACUUCAAGAAGAGGCUUCAAGUGUCGCAGAAGCAGCAGCAGCAGCAGCUUCCAGAGAUGUCGCUACAGCAGACCAGGGUUUGUGCGAACCGAGCAUCACCGAAGCAUUGGAGGAGGCCCCGAUCGCAGACCAGGGUUUGUGCGAACCGAGCAUCACCGAAGCAUUGGAGGAGGCCCCGAUCGCAGACCAGGGUUUGUGCGAUCCGAGCAUCACCGAAGCAUCGCAGGAGGCCCCAAUCGCAGACCAGGGUUUGUGCGAAGCGAACAUCCCCGAAGCAUCCCAUGAGGCCCCGAUCGCAGACCAGGGUUUGUGCGAUCCGAACAUCCCCGAGGCAUCGCAGGAGGCCCCGAUCGCAGACCAGGUUUCCUGCGAACCGAGCAUCACCGAAGCAUCCGAGGAGGCCCGAAUCGCAGACCAGGUUUCCUGCGAACCGAGCAGCCCAGAAGCAUCCGAGGAGGCCCCGAUGAUAGACCAGGGUUUGUGCGAAGCGAACAUCCCCGAAGCAUCCGAGGACGCCCCGAUGAUAGACCAGGUUUCCAGCGAAGCCGGCAUCACCGAAGCAUGCGAGGAGGCCCCAGCCAUCAACGAAGCCAAGCCAUGCACAGAUACCGAACCUGAAAGCUCCCACGAAGAGGACACGAAGUACUACAGUGCCUCUCCUGAGAAGACCGCCGUCCUGCAACGAAAAGACAAGCUUCGACCAUCUGUGCUAGAGGACUUGAAGCCCAUCUCGCCGCAGGAGCAGAGCAAGCUCGCACGCACAGCCAAGGAUGGGGAGGGCACGGGCGAGGAGGAUGAUGAGGAGGGGAGCUGUGAAGACACUGCCCGAAGAGGCAGGGGAAGGGGCAGAGGCUCCGGUAGAGGUCGUGGGGGUAGGGGUCGGGGUAGGGGCAGAAACAACAAGGCCAGCAAGCAGCCGGCCGAGGAGCCGGCUCGGAAGCGGAAAACUACGGGUUCUUCUGCCACCAGCAAAGCCAAGGCUCGCAAGAAGGAUGAUGAAGCUCCGGAGCCAACGAAGCCCAAGGCCAAACCCAAAACCAAGCCGACACCGACAGCUGAGAAGGAUCGCGACGAGGACGAAGCAGUAGAGGCCCCGAAGCCCAAAAGCAAGCCGACGCCGAAAGCUGAGAAGGAGCCUGACGAGGACGAAGCAGUAGAGGCCCCGAAGCCCAAGCCCAAGAGCAAGCCGACGCCGAAAGCUGAGAAGGAUCGCCACGAGGACGAAGCAGUAGAUGCACCGAAGCCCAAGCCCAAAAGCAAGCCCGGCCGAGCAGCCAAGAAGGAUCCUGAGCAGAGCACAGCAGUAGAAGCCCCGAAGCCAAAGAAGUCAGCAAAGGCCAAGGCCAAGCCCACAGUUUCGCCACGCAACAAGAAGGAGAAAGCCAAGGAUAGCAGUGAUGAGAUCAAGGCCAAGAAGUCUCGCAAAAGCAUUGCUUAUCACAAAGCUUAUGCCGAGACGGACUAG